AUGGCUUUCGUGCAAAAGACGCUCUUCCCCGCCUCGCGCGCUGCAGUCAGGUCCAGGUUCCAGAGGUCAGCUCUACCAGUUGUAGUCCAUCCAUUCCUCCGUCUGGCCUCAACCAUGGCCCCAAAGCUCAAAGAUCCGUCCCUCUUCAAGCAGAACGUCUGCUACGUGAACGGCGAGUGGGUAAAGGCCAGGUCGGGCAAGACUUUUGAAGCGCAUGACCCAGCCACGGGCAACCUCAUUGGCACUUGCCCGGAGUUCGACGCCAAGGACACAGAAGAUGCCAUUGCCGCAGCCGAAGAGGCCUUUGAGGCUUUCCGGAAAACCACUGGGCGCGAGCGCUCCAAGCUUCUCCGAAAGUGGUACGACCUGGUGGUUGAGAAUGCCGACGACCUGGCGACUCUCAUCACCUGGGAAAACGGCAAGCCGACGGCCGAUGCAAAGGGUGAGGUGACGUACGCUGCCAACUUCUUCGAGUGGUUCAGCGAGGAAGCCCCGCGCAUCUACGGCGACACGAUACCUUCGUCAAUCCCGGGGAACCGCGUGUGGACCAUCAAGGAGCCCGUCGGCGUCUGCGGGCUCAUCACCCCCUGGAACUUCCCCGCCGCCAUGAUCACGCGCAAGAUUGGCCCGGCCCUGGCCGUCGGCUGCACCGUCGUAUGCAAGACGCCGGGCGAGACACCUUUCACGCCCCUGGCCCUUGCGGAGCUCGCUCACCGCGCUGGCAUUCCCAGGGGCGUGGUCAACAUCGUUACGGCAUCCGCGAACACGGCCGAGGUGGGCGAGGUGCUCACCACCAAUCCGACGGUCCGCAAGGUCUCGUUUACCGGCUCCACCAACGUCGGCAAGCUACUCAUGAGGCAGUGCUCUGGCACACUCAAGAAGCUGUCGCUCGAGCUGGGCGGCAACGCGCCCUUCAUCGUCUUUGACGACGCCGACGUCGACCUGGCCGUGGCGGGCGCUGUCGCCUCCAAGUUCCGCUCGUCGGGCCAGACUUGCGUAUGCGCCAAUCGCAUCUUUGUGCAGCGCGGCAUCUACGACGAAUUUGCCGCCAAGUUCGCCGCCGCCGUCAGCAAGUUCCGCGUCGGCAACGGUUUUGACGAAAAUGUCACCCACGGUCCGCUCAUCCACGCGCGCGCCGUCGACAAGGUCGAGGCGCACGUGCGCGACGCCGAGCAAAAGGGCGCCACCGUCGUCCUGGGCGGGCACAAGCUGCCCGAGCUGGGCCCGCACUUCUUCCAGCCCACCGUGCUGACGGGCAUGAAGACGGACAUGGCCAUGGCGUCAGAGGAGACGUUUGGGCCUGUGGCGGGGCUGUUUCCGUUUGACACGGAGGAGGAGGCUGUACGCAUCGCCAACGCCACGCCCGUGGGGCUAGCCGGGUAUUUCUUUUCUAGGGAUCUGGAGAGGGUGCACCGCGUGGCCGAGCAUCUCGAGGUGGGCAUGGUGGGCGUCAACACCGGCCUGAUCUCGGACCCGGCGGCGCCAUUUGGCGGUGUGAAAGAGAGCGGGUUCGGAAGGGAGGGCUCGCUGUACGGCAUCGGAGAGUACCAGGUUACCAAGAUGGUUACCUAUGGCGGGAUGGGGAAGCCAUUGCAGUCCUGA